AUGACUGAGGUUACAGCCCCCGCCGCAGAGGGUGAGUAUGCACCGUCUUUUCACUUACUACACUUGAGUGAUGUCAUCGACGAUGUGUCUGAGGUUCAAAGACUGGCGACGCAGCUCGCCGUGUCUACUGCUAAACCGCAAGAUUUCGACGGCGAAGUAGUUACGAACGAUGUACCCCCUCUCAACGAUCUUGUACGACAGCUCGACGACUACCUGAACUGCCAGGAUUACCUACUAGCCCUUUCAGAGGCCAUUACUCCCGAAGCCCUUAUAAGCCUACCGGUCAGCACAUCGAUUGUUGUGAUCGGCUGUGGCGACCCAGCCUUGAUCAGACAGCGCCCGCAAUACACGCGGAAACAUAUGGCCUCGACUGUUGUCACCGGUGUGCUUCAGGGCCUGAAGCAGGUCAAGUCUGGUUUAGCCACGAAAGCUGGCGACCAGCGUCAGGUUGGAGGGGAGUUCCUUUUCGAGCCCGCUGAAAUCACCUCACCCAUUCCUACACCGAAUGAAGAGAAGAAGGAGAACGAGUAUAGUUCUGAAGAGAAAUCAAUCACCUGGUGUCACCGAAUGAAGACAAAGACGAUUUCCAUCCGCCAUCAUGAGCUCCAAAAGUACGCGUUCGUCUCUAUGGACGAUGACGCGAUCGAACCGGAGCGCGUCGUCAAGAAGGAUAAGAAGCCAAAGAGUCGACACAGGCGAACCUCAAGAUCGCCGACACGGCCUUCCUCACAUCGAAAAAGGUCCAGGUCAAGGUCGCCAAAGAAGUCAACGUCGUCGAGGCGGCGGAGAAGAGAUGACGAUUACGAGGAUCGGUGGGGCGACGAAGAAUACGUCUCAGAGGAGGCGGAAGAGGACGAAGCCCGUCACUCGCCGAAGCGGGCGAAAACGAGUCACCGAAACAACGAUGACAAUCACGACAACCAACGCGCACCUCGGCAGCCUUCUCCCGAGGAAGAGGAGGAGCGGGAACGGCGAAAAGAUAUUGCAGAGCGAGAUGCGCUCGCCGAGAGAUUAAAGAAAAGGGACGACAAAGGGUCCAAAGCCGAGUCUAAGGAGGCAAUCCGAAGACGGGAGGAUGCGCUAGCCAGCAUGUCGGAUUUGCGCCUGAUGUCGCGGCAAAAGUACCUUGAGAAGCGCAAUCCCGAGCAGUUGGCGCUCUUGCGCAAACAAGUCGCCGAAGAGACGGAGGAGCUGGAGAGCGGGGUCAAGUUGACGAGAGAGGAAAAGGCCCAGUUCGCGCGCAACAGGGAGGUUCUGCGGCUUGCGGAGGAACUCGCACGUGUCGACGACCAUACCGACGGCUACGUCAUGCCCGAGGACUAUAUUACGGAGAAGGGCAAGAUUGAUAAGAAGAAGAAAUCGGAGGCGCUCUACAAACGGUAUGUUGACCGGGAUGAGUACGGGCGCGAGAGAUUUGUGACGGAGCAUGACGAGUGGGAACGGGACCAAGCGGCCAAAGCCAAGGCGCAGAUCCAGAGACCCGAAAUGGUCAAUGACGGCAAGUAUUCGUACGUCAUGGACGAGGACCAAUACAUCAAAUGGAAUAUCGACUCGCAGCUAGCGGGCGAGGGCAAGCUUUUGAGCAAGGAGCAGAGGUUCCUGGCCGCGCAGAUCGACGCGGCGGAGCAGAAGGCAAUGUCCAUCCAGGAAACGAGAAAGAGUCUCCCCAUAUACCACUACCGCGACGAUUUCCUAGCGGCGAUGGAACAACACCAAAUCCUCGUGAUUGUGGGAGAGACGGGCAGCGGAAAGACAACCCAGCUACCACAGUACCUCCACGAGGCGGGCUACACGAAGGACGGUAUGAAGGUUGGCUGCACGCAGCCCCGUCGAGUGGCGGCCAUGAGCGUGGCGGCGCGUGUGGCCGAGGAAGUCGGGGUGAAGGUGGGCUACGAAGUUGGCUACUCGGUGCGUUUCGAGGACUGUACGAGCGACAAGACCGUGCUAAAGUACAUGACGGACGGUAUGCUCCUGCGAGAGUUCAUGACGGAGCCUGACCUAGCGGGGUACUCGGCACUCAUGAUUGACGAGGCCCACGAACGCACCGUACACAGCGACAUCCUCCUCGCGCUCGUCAAAGACUUGGCAAGGGAGCGUCCGGAGCUUAAGCUGCUUAUCUCUUCGGCAACAAUGAAUGCCCAAAAGUUUGCCGAGUACUUUGACGACGCUCCCAUUUACAACAUUCCAGGCCGACGGUACCCCGUGGACAUCUUUUACGCGUCGCAGCCAGAGGCCAACUACCUCACGGCAGCCAUCACGACCGUAUUUCAAAUCCACACCACGCAGGACAAGGGCGACAUUUUGGUCUUCCUGACGGGUCAGGACGAGAUCGAAGCGGCAGAGCAGCAACUGACGGACACGGCGCGCAAGUUGGGGAAUCGAAUCAAGGAGCUCAUCAUUUGCCCCAUCUACGCCAACUUGCCGUCGGAGCUUCAGGCCAAGAUUUUCGAGCCGACUCCGGAAGGGGCGAGAAAGGUGGUUCUGGCAACCAACAUUGCGGAGACGAGUUUGACGAUUGAUGGCAUCGUGUACGUUAUUGAUCCGGGAUUCGUGAAGGAAAACGUGUAUAAUCCGGCGACAGGCAUGUCCAACCUCGUGGUGGUGCCGUGCUCCCGCGCCUCCGCUAACCAGCGGAGCGGUCGUGCGGGUCGUGUGGGCCCCGGCAAAUGCUUCAGGCUAUACACCAAGUACGCGUACAUGAACGAGAUGGACGAGUCCACGACGCCCGAGAUCCAGCGCACCAACCUGACGGGCGUAGUUUUGCAGCUUUCGGCGCUUGGUAUCCAGGACUUGGUCAACUUCGACUUUCUGGACCCGCCGCCAUUUGAAUCGCUCAUCUCGGCGCUGAACCUGCUAUACGCCCUCCAGGCGUUCAACCACAAAGGAGAGUUGACCAAGGUGGGGCGGCAGAUGGCUGAGUUCCCAACGGACCCCAUGCUUGCCAAAGCCAUCUUGGCGGCGGACAAAGAGGGUUGCGUGCAGGAGGUGCUGUCGAUUGUGUCGAUGCUCGCGGAGGCGUCGGCACUCUUUUUCCGACCCAAGGAUAAGAAGAUCCACGCGGAUAGCGCGCGAGCGCGAUUUACGCUGGCGCAGCUCUGCGACCGGGUGGAGGUGACGCUCUCGUCGUGCGGGGAGAACGACCAGAUGCCAAUCAAACGGGCGCUGACAGCAGGCUUCUUCCCCAACGCAGCGCGCAUGCAGCGCGGGGGCGACGGGUACCGGACGGUCAAGACCAACACGACGGUAUGGGUACACCCGAGCUCCGUGGUGGCGGGCAUGGACCCGCCGCCCCGGAUGGUUAUCUACUUUGAGCUGGUGCAGACAACCAAGGAAUACAUGCGGAGCUGUCUUCCGAUCGAGGCUAAGUGGUUGGCGGAGCUGGCGCCACAUUUCCACAAGAAGAAGGACGUGGAGGCGCUGGAGGAGAAGAGGAUGAAGAGUGGUCGGCACGUGGCGAGGGAUUAA